AUGGUAACCAUUCGAGCAGAUGAAAUUAGUAAUAUUAUCCGCGAACGUAUUGAGCAAUAUAACCGAGAGGUAAAGAUUUUAAAUACGGGUACUGUACUUCAAGUGGGAGAUGGCAUUGCUCGUAUUUAUGGUCUUGAUGAAGUAAUGGCAGGUGAAUUAGUAGAAUUUGAAGAAGGUACGAUAGGCAUUGCUCUGAAUUUGGAAUCAAAUAAUGUUGGUGUUGUAUUAAUGGGUGACGGUUUGAUGAUACAAGAGGGGAGUUCUGUAAAAGCAACGGGAAGAAUUGCUCAGAUCCCAGUAAGUGAGGCGUUUUUAGGUCGUGUUGUAAAUGCACUGGCUAAACCUAUUGAUGGCCGGGGCGAAAUUUCAGCCUCUGAAUCUCGGUUAAUUGAGUCUCCUGCUCCUGGUAUUAUUUCGAGACGUUCCGUAUACGAGCCCCUUCAAACAGGACUUAUUGCUAUUGAUUCGAUGAUCCCUAUAGGGCGCGCGAUUGGUCAAAAAGCAUCUUCUGUGGCUCAGGUGGUGACUGCUUUGCAGGAAAGGGGGGCAAUGGAAUACACUAUUGUGGUAGCUGAAGCGGCGGAUUCCCCGGCUACAUUACAGUAUCUUGCUCCUUAUACAGGAGCAGCUCUGGCUGAAUAUUUCAUGUACCGUGAGCAACACACUUUAAUCAUUUAUGACGAUCUCUCCAAACAAGCGCAGGCUUAUCGCCAAAUGUCUCUUCUAUUACGAAGACCGCCGGGCCGCGAAGCGUAUCCGGGAGAUGUUUUUUAUCUACAUUCACGCCUUUUGGAAAGAGCCGCGAAAUUAGGUUCUCUUUUAGGUGAAGGAAGUAUGACUGCUUUACCAAUAGUUGAGACCCAAUCGGGGGAUGUUUCGGCUUAUAUUCCUACUAAUGUAAUUUCCAUUACAGAUGGACAAAUAUUCUUAUCUGCUGAUUUAUUCAAUGCUGGAAUCAGACCAGCUAUUAAUGUGGGUAUUUCUGUUUCCAGAGUGGGAUCGGCAGCUCAAAUUAAAGCCAUGAAACAAGUAGCUGGAAAAUUAAAAUUGGAAUUGGCGCAAUUUGCAGAAUUAGAAGCCUUUGCACAAUUUGCUUCUGAUCUCGAUAAAGCUACUCAGAAUCAAUUGGCAAGAGGUCAACGAUUACGUGAGUUGCUCAAACAAUCUCAAUCAGCCCCCCUUGCGGUGGAAGAACAGAUAUUGACUAUUUAUACCGGAACGAACGGUUAUCUUGAUUCAUUAGAAAUUGGACAGGUAAGGAAAUUUCUUGUUGAGUUACGUACUUAUUUAAAAACGAAUAAACCGCAGUUCCAAGAAAUCAUAUCUUCUACCAAGACAUUUACCGAGGAAGCGGAAACCCUUUUGAAAGAAGCUAUUCAGGACCAGAUGGAACGUUUUCUACUUCAGGAACAAGUAUAA